AUGCGUGCAGCUGUCUACACAGUCGGAGAAGAUAUUGGUUGGAAAAUGGCCGACAUACCCGUUCCUCAUCAUUCCUCCUUCUCAGUCCUGAUUCAAGUUAAAGCGGUGGCACUCAAUCCGUCAAACUUCAAGCACCCCAUGAUUACCGCCACGUGGCCUUUCAUCAGACACUUGCGCAAAGACUGGCCCAUAGGAUACGACGUGUCGGGUGUGGUGCUUUCAGCCGGCACGUCGAGAGCAUGCAACGUGAAGGCGGGGGACAAGGUGUGGGGCAUCUCGAUCGGCGUGGCAGGGGAGUUUGCUGUGCUGCCCUGCUUUCUGACCGUACCAAUCCCCGGCAAGCUGAGCUUCGAGGAAGCUGCUGGCCUCGGUGUCGCAGGUCUUACCACCCUGAUGGGCUACGAGUGCAGUGGGCUCGGCCCAAAGCAAAAGGUGCUCGUUGUGGGAGCGUCGGGUGGAUGCGGCCAGUUCGGAGUGAUGCUGGCAGGUGCGAUCGGUGCAAAGGUCACCGGCAUCUGUGGAAGUCAGAAUGUCGACUUCGUCAAGCAGCUGCAUACUAGCGUUGAUGCCGUCUUCGACUACAAGCAGCCUUUCAAGAUGGCUGGCCUCUUUUCGAAGGGUCGUUAUUUUGAUGUCAUCUACGACACGGUCACAAGCAGUGCUCCCGAGGAUCCUAACUACGAGCCCAUGCUGGGGCCACUGCGGAAAGAAAACGGAACCUACCUAGCGAUAGGGCCAUGUCCCAAGUCUUCAGACCAGUUUCGCACUUUCUGGGACGGAUUCACUCGACCAUUUGGCCUGCAAUUGCAGAGAGAAGGCUACGAUUGGUACUUCCUGCUACCAACCAAAUCCCUUAUGCUAAAGCUAAAUAGCUUCUUCGAUUCCGGUAAACUUACCGAAGUGCCGAUUGACUCUAAGUAUGAUGCCUUGGAGUCCAAUGACGCCAUCGAGCAAGCAAUGGACAGGCAGAAAAGCCGCAGAGCUGUCGGCAAGAUUCUGCUGACCUUCGACAGGUUUGCCUCGCGAGCAUCGAGGGCAUUCCUCUUCCGAGGUUCCCGCGACCUGGCAGGCUUACAAGGACUCAGCGUGCCAGAUGCCGCCCUCGAACUCGUGGGCGAGCAUCUUCCUCGCAUUCGGCUAUUGCCUGCCCGGCUUUGGAGACGGCUGCUGCAAAAGCUCGAAACCGAGGAAGGUAACAGCAAGUUCAGACCCUUCGUGCGGCAGUACAGGGUAGACGGCUUGCCGCUAACACAGUGGCCGUGGGCUGUCUUCGGGUUUCCAGAUGCCGGCAAGUGUCUUGCACUUGCAGUCUGGAAUCACCUCACGGCACUCGAGGUUGAGGUUUGUGGCCGUCGAACGAACAAGGAGGAAUUCGUUACUGCAGGUGGUGUGGACGUGCGAGAGCUCCAUUGGGACCGAAUGGAGUUGAGAUCAUGUCCAGGACUUCACUUUGCAGGCGAGAUCGUGGACAUCGACGGUAUCACCGGCGGCUUUAACUUCCAAGGUUGUUGGUCGACUGGCUAUGCAGCUGGCAUUGCAGCCGCCGAUGCUUUUGAUUAG